AUGGAGUUAUCUCCUCUCUGGGAUGUCGACAAGGCCAAGUGCAGCAAUGGUUGGUCGAUGCCUAAGUCUAACGAGGAACUGAGGAGGGAAAUUACAGAGCUUGAGACAGAGAUCUUACAGUUAGAACGGUAUAUCUUGUCGCUCUACAGAACAUCCUUUGGAGAUCUUUUGCCUAAAUUGUUACGGGAUGAUUCUUUGCGGUGUCUAAAGACUCGUCCAUUGAAGCCAUUCACGGCCAGAUUCCGCAAAGACCGUGUUUCCUCGUUUUCUGAAACGGAGAAGGAAAAAAGAUCCGAGUCUGGUAACCCGAGUUUGGCUGAUCUUCUUGGUCUUAACACUCCCAAUAAACUCUUUGAAGAGUAUUAA